UGGGGAUAAAAGGGGAGCACGGCCCCAGGGCCACAGAGAGAGUCCUGCAGCCUCCCCAGCUCCAGCUCCAGCUCCUCUCAGAGCCCACAGCACCAUGAAGGUCCUGGCAGCCACCCUGGCCACUCUGCUCCUCCUGGCCACCUGCUCCCCAGCUGAAGGUCACCUCGAUGGUGUCCCCAGCACCUGCUGCUUCAGCUACCAGAGGCAGCCCAUCCCUCGGCGCCGCGUCAGCUCCGUCUUUGUCACCAGCAGCUCCUGCAGCCAGCCAGGAGUGAUUGUGGUCACCCAGAAGAAGAAGCAGCUGUGUGCAGAUCCACGGGCAGCAUGGGUGCAGCAGCUCCUGAAGCACUUCCAGAGCCUGGAAAACUGAGCCUUCCCUGCUGGCAGCCACCAUCCCAGCCCUGCACAGCUUCCAGCCUCGGGCACAACUGAGAGGAUUUGACCCCCAGCCUUCCUCAACAGAGAAAAUUAUUUUAUUUAACUUAUUUAAGUUAAGAUAAAUAUUGUUUUUCUAAGCAUUAUUUUUAAAUAAUUUCUAAAAAUUAUUUAAAUUAUGUCAGAAUAAUACACUAAAAUAAAGAUAAUUUCAAUCAU